AAAGCUACACCAAACACGCCCUUAGUUUAAUUUAAUUACAAAAAAGCGUUCAACCAUAUUUUCGUUUUUCUAGAAUGAGGGGCCACAAAUGCAAUAUAAAGUAAAAUAUGGGCUGCGAAAAAAAUCAGAAAUACCAAACAAACAGCCCCGGCCCCUCGGAAACCACCACCGCCUUUUUCCACCACUAUAAAUACAUUGCACUCGUAUAGUCCGGUUUGCCAAAAUCACUACUCAAAAUCCUCUCUCUACACAUUCCAAACAAAACCGGUUAAAAAUGGCGGCUGCAGCUCGUAAAUCAUGCGGACCGGUCAUCCGGUCCAUUUCCCCUUCCUCAACAUUGAACCGCCACUUCUCCGCCCAAUCGCCGCCGCGCAACUCUUCUUCCUUCGCUUCCGCCUCCACCUCUGCCUACACCUCGUCACGCUCCUUCCGCAGACCGGCCUCCCCCACCCGCGUGAACCUCUACAACUACGCUACUCCUUCGAUCAGCUUCUCCCUGGACCGGUCCGGUUCUCGGAACCAGACUGUCUCAUGCUCCAGCCGGUCCGCGAAGCCUCCGGCCGGCGCGGCUCCUCAUAGGAGGACGUGCAUGUGCUCUCCCACAAACCACCCCGGUUCAUUCCGAUGCAGCUUGCACAAAGCGGCCGGCGGCGGCGGCGUCAACGGCCAGGUUUCCAAUAACAGCUCGCGGACGCCGGCCUGCGGGAGCUCCAGCCGAUUGAUUCUCCGGCGGUCCGCCAUGAAGAAUUCGCUGGUGCGGAUCGGCACCGUCGAGGGGGAUUUGGUGAUGAGAGCACUGGCGGCUCUGAUCCGCCCCACCUCCCACCACCAGCGGCGCCGCGGGGAGUUCCGGCCGCGCCCUAGCCGGCUAUCGACUGUGUCGAAGACUUAAUUAAGUGGUAAUGAAAGGUGUGAAUCGCGAGCUGCGGUGAUGCCGGAAGAACGCGGCGCCGGCUGAAGGUUAUUUAACGGGGAUGGUAUUUUUUAGAUCCGGCGACCGACGACCCAAUUUGAUCGGAGAAGGAGCCGACAUAUUUUUUCAUUUGGCAAUAUAUGUACAGCAAUAUUAGUUUAUUUAUAGAAAUAAUAUCACGUAAAUAUAUGAACUAUUAUCAAUUAA